AUGCGGGGCGAUAGAGAGUGCUAUCCGACGCUGAAGGCCUGCUACGACGCGAUGAGUGGACCCGAGUGGAAGAGCAGCACCGGGGCAAAAGUGGGGGAAACCUGGCUCGACUGGAACAUCAAGUGCUGCGAUAAGGAGUGGAUCUCGUGCAAAAGUGGCUUGAUCGACGAGAUCAUGUUCAAAUUUAUCCCGAAACUCAAGGGGACUAUCCCGCCGCAGCUCGGCCUUCUGACAGCCCUGGAGGAGAUUGACGUGAGGAACUGCGACAUCACGGGCACGCUGCCGGACACCCUCUUCUCCGGCGAUUCUGGAGGUCUGACUAGCUGUCGUUUUUAUUUACUGGUGCUGACGGAGUUGGGAGCACAACUUGUCACGGCGUGA